AUGGCGGCAGUGACCGCGAGCUGCCGUCGUCCCUCCGGCCUCCACGUCUCGUGCAGCCUCUGCUGUUUCUGGAUGCUACUACUGUCCAUCCAUGUCCCUCGCGCUGGAUCGCUGUCCUUCGACCUCCGCUUCUCCAAACCCCAGAGCCCCAAUGUGUCCCAGCUGAUAAACUGCACCGGCGACGCGCUGCUCACUCAAGACACACUUGAGCUGACGCGGAACAGGCUUGACCAGAGCAGCACAGGCAGCAUCGGCCGGGCCAAGUACAUGCAGGCAGUGCGGCUGUGGGAUGGAGCCACCGGCGAGACGGCCAGCUUCACCACCACCUUCUCCUUUCGAAUCAUUCCGGACGCGAGGACGUAUCCGGGCGACGGGAUGGCUUUCUUCCACGGGCAUUUUUGGUCCGACACCCCCCGAUACAGCGGAGGCGGCAGCUUGGGCCUCUUCCCGGGGGGCUCCAACGGCACCGGCGACGGCACCAUCGUCGCCGUCGAGUUCGACACCUUUCUGAAUCCGGAAUACGCCGAUUGGGUGUGGGGUCUGUAUGGCCGGAACGCGAUCCUUGACGCGGUGGACGAGCGGCUGAGGGCCGGCGACGAGCUCCACGACGAGUGCAUGGAGAGGGUGCUCGUCGUCGGGCUGUGGUGCGCGCACCCUGACCAGAGCGAGCGGCCAUCCGUCGCGCAGGCCAUGCACGUGCUGCAGUCGGAGGACGCCAGGCUUCCGGCGCUCCCGCCGCAGAUGUACAAGGCGGCGUCGGACCUCGCCGUCACUGGACGUUCCUACGGCGCUUUGUCCGUUGAGAGCUACAGCGGUGGUGAUUCAUCUACGACAACAACGACGACGACAACCACCGGCGACUCCAAGCUUUCUUCAGGCUCGUCGACCACUGCCUUGCUCCGAGAUACAAAAGAGAGAGCUUGA